CAGAUCGGCACCAUCGUGACAGGCACAGGUUCGAGUCUAGCCCUCCUCCUGUCGCUGGCGGCCAUCAUCUCCCUGUGUGUGCCCAACAUUGUCACCGUGAGACUGGCCAGGACGGCCGGGGUGCUGCAGUUGCUGGCAGGUGGGUGACUGUAACCUGUACUGGGCCUUCUACCUGGCGGCCAUGGGGGGCGGUCUCACCAUCCUAUGCUCCACCCUCACCUGUCACGCCUACCGGAACAAGACAGACAGACACGCCCCCUACCCCGUCUGACCACAGCUAGAUAUCCCAAGAACUGUGCGGACUAUUUUGCAUAGAUAGGAUAUUUCCCAGUCAAACGUCUCAACGUGCAAGUCCUUUUCUUCUUUGACUUGGCAAAAACUGCACCAUGGGCUCUCUCAAGUCUUGGUGCUGUGGAGGGAGAGGGAAAGGGAUUGAGAUGCAGAGAGAGGGAGAGGAAGAGGAAGAGGGAGGGAAGAUGGAUCUUGAGAGGAGAGAAAAUCAUUGAAGAGUUUUUCUUCUCAUUCUCAACUGACUUGUGGAUCCCAGUCAUGGAUAUGUUCCGACUGCAGUGACCCCAACACAGUGGACAAGUAAGACAAGGAAGACUGGUGAAGAGCAGUAUGGAAGACAGUGCAACACUGAGUAUGGCAGACCAGAGCCUCACUGAAUGUUGCAGACCAUGUCUCACUGAGUAUGACAAACCAUGAUGCUCAUUGUUUGUGUUUUAGCUCCUGCAUGCUAUAAACUGUGUUUGUAUGGCGCAUCAGUGAACUCUCGACAACUGCCAUGUCAUCACCAUAAAGUGCCAGAUCUGAAACAGACGAUAG